AUGAGUCAGCCACCGACGGGGGGCGCUGCCCCUGCCACAGCUGCAGCUUCUGCGGCCACAGCUGCCACUGAGGCUCGCUUGCACCCGGAGGGCAGCAGCAGAAAGCAGCAGCGUGCUCAGUCACCCGCUAGACCGAGAGACAAUUCGGUCCGACAGACCACCGCGGCCACCCGGUCCCCGGUAGGGGCUGGCACUAAACUCAAUUCUAUUCGACAGCAGCAGCUGCAGCAGCAGCAGCAGCAGGGCAACAAGACCGGGAGCCGCACGGCGCCUCCGGCCAGCGCCCGAGGAAGCGGAGGAGGGGCGGAGAAGGCCGCGCCCCUGGCGCCCAAGGGGGCCGCGCCGGGAGCUGUCCAGUCCUUGGCUGGUGCUGAAGCGGCCCCCGUGGCAACCCUGGCCCCGGUGGGUGUCAGGAGGCCUGGCGCGUCGGAGGAGCCGCCCCGGGAGCUAGAGCCCGCGUCCUCUAAACUCGGGGAACCCCCUCCUCUCGGAGAAGGAGGAGGAGGGGGUGGGGAAGGAGGAGGAGCCGGCAGCGGCUCUGGGGAAAGGGAGGGGGGCGCUCCGCAGCCGCCGCCGCCGCCGCCGCCCAGGGGCUGGCGAGGGAAAAGCGUACGCGCUCAGCCGAGGGGCGGCAGCGGCGCGGAGGGGGCCUCCCCCUCGCCAUCCACCUCCUCUGCGGGCAAAACCCCAGGCUCCGGCAGCAGAAACUCUGGGAUUGGCGUUGUGGGGCCUGGCAGCGGUGGCGGAGGGAGCUACUGGAAGGAAGGAUGUCUGCAGUCUGAGCUCAUCCAGUUCCAUCUCAAGAAAGAGCGGGCGGCGGCGGCGGCGGCGGCCGCGGCUCAGAUGCACAGUAAGAACGGCGGCGGCGGCAGCAACCGCAGCUCUCCGGUCGCUGGCGCCCCUGCCAUUUGUGAGCCCCUCGCAGUCCCUCCCACCUCCCCAAUGGCGGCGGCAGCAGAGGGCCCCCAACAGGGCGCAGAGGGCAGCGCGAGCGGCGGCGGCGGCAUGCAGGCAGCGGCGCCCCCUUCGUCGCAGCCGCACCCGCAGCAGCUCCAGGAGCAGGAGGAAAUGCAGGAGGAGAUGGAGAAGCUGCGGGAGGAAAACGAGACUCUCAAGAACGAGAUCGAUGAACUGAGGACCGAGAUGGACGAGAUGAGGGACACUUUCUUCGAGGAGGAUGCCUGUCAACUGCAGGAAAUGCGCCACGAGUUGGAGAGAGCCAACAAAAACUGCCGGAUCCUGCAGUACCGCCUCCGCAAAGCCGAGCGCAAAAGGCUCCGCUACGCGCAGACCGGGGAAAUCGACGGGGAGCUGUUGCGCAGCCUGGAGCAGGACCUCAAGGUAGCAAAGGAUGUAUCUGUGAGACUUCACCAUGAAUUGGAAAAUGUGGAAGAAAAGCGAACAACAACAGAAGAUGAAAAUGAGAAACUGAGGCAACAGCUUAUAGAAGUUGAGAUAGCAAAGCAAGCUCUGCAGAAUGAACUGGAAAAAAUGAAGGAGCUAUCUUUAAAGAGAAGAGGAAGCAAAGAUUUGCCAAAAUCUGAAAAGAAGGCUCAACAGACUCCCACAGAGGAGGACAAUGAAGAUCUGAAAUGCCAGCUGCAGUUCGUGAAGGAAGAAGCUGCUUUGAUGAGAAAGAAAAUGGCCAAGAUUGACAAAGAAAAGGACAGAUUCGAACACGAGCUCCAGAAGUACAGAUCCUUUUAUGGGGAUCUGGACAGUCCUUUGCCUAAAGGAGAAGCCGGGGGGCCUCCCAGCACCAGAGAGGCUGAGCUUAAGCUGCGGCUGAGGCUGGUGGAGGAAGAAGCCAACAUCCUUGGCAGAAAAAUCGUCGAACUGGAGGUGGAGAACAGAGGCCUGAAGGCGGAACUGGAUGACCUGAAGGGCGACGACUUUAACGGCUCGGCCAACCCCCUCCUGCGGGAGCAGAGCGAAUCCCUGUCGGAGCUGCGGCAGCACCUGCAGCUGGUGGAAGACGAGACUGAGCUGCUGCGGAGGAAUGUGGCCGACCUAGAGGAGCAGAACAAGCGCAUCACGGCGGAGCUCAACAAGUACAAGUACAAGUCGGGCGGCCACGAGAGCGCGCGGCACCACGACAGCGCCAAGACAGAGGCCCUGCAGGAGGAGCUGAAGGCAGCUCGCCUGCAGAUCAACGAGCUCAGCGGCAAGGUCAUGCAGCUGCAGUACGAGAACCGCGUGCUCAUGUCCAACAUGCAGCGCUACGACCUGGCCUCGCACCUGGGCAUCCGCGGCAGCCCCCGCGACAGCGACGCCGAGAGCGAUGCGGGCAAGAAGGAGAGCGACGACGACUCGCGGCCGCCGCACCGCAAGCGCGAAGGGCCCAUCGGCGGCGAGAGCGACUCGGAGGAGGUGCGCAACAUCCGCUGCCUCACGCCCACCCGCUCCUUCUACCCCGCGCCUGGGCCCUGGCCCAAGAGCUUCUCUGACCGGCAGCAGAUGAAGGACAUCCGCUCGGAGGCUGAGCGCCUGGGCAAGACCAUCGACCGGCUCAUCGCUGACACCAGCACCAUCAUCACCGAGGCGCGCAUCUACGUGGCCAACGGGGACCUGUUCGGACUGAUGGACGAGGAGGACGAUGGCAGCCGCAUUCGCGAGCACGAGCUGCUCUACCGCAUCAACGCGCAGAUGAAGGCCUUCCGCAAGGAGCUGCAGACCUUCAUCGACCGCCUCGAGGUGCCCAAGUCCGCGGACGACGCCGGCGCCGAGGAGCCCAUAUCCGUGAGUCAGAUGUUCCAGCCUAUCAUUUUACUUAUUCUCAUUCUUGUAUUAUUUUCAUCACUUUCUUACACAACAAUAUUUAAACUUGUCUUCCUUUUUACACUGUUUUUUGUACUGUAA